UUUCUUUUUUUUUUCUUUUUGCUCCAGCUUGGUUUCUUUGUAUCUACUCCUUGCAGUAAGAAUGUUUUGAUUUUAUCCAUACUGUUGGUAACAUGUACGUUUGGUGCAUCACUUCUCGGUCUUGUUCUCAAUCCCAGCUGAACCGUUCGCUUCACUUCCUGGAAGACAGGAGUCCUCAGCACCCGUUCUUCAUGAUGCUGGCGCCUCCAGCUCCUCAUUCCCCGUGGACGGCAGCGCCUCAGAACCUGGACAAGUUCAACAACGUUCAGGCACCUCGAGACGGCAGCUUUAACAAACCUGGGAAGGACAAACACUGGCUGCUGCGUCAGCCUGUUAACCCCAUGCCCAACAGCUCCAUCAACUUCCUGGAUAACGCAUACAGGAGAAGGUAGAAACACCAUUUCUUUUUAUCUC